CCAAUCAAUCUCUCCCUCCCACUCACCUACCCCGCCACAAUACAUCUUCUUCCUUCUUCAGCAUAACACAAUGCCCCACUUCUUUAUCACACCAGAACCAGACGCAAAAUCACCACCCUCUCCUCUAUCUCCACCCAACCCAAACCCCCACCCGAGUCCAUGGCUUCCACGGCCAGCCCAUUCUCUAUAUCCAUCUCUUCCAAGCCGACCCUGAAAGCUUCUGUCUUCACGCCCAACAACUCGGCCGAGCUAUCUCUUCGGGUUCAGAGCUCUAAAGCCGCUUCUCUGCGGUCUUCCUUCGUUUCGCAGAGCUCCGUUGAGUUGACUCGGCGCGGGAACUCGGCGUUGAGAGCGAGUCGAGUGAGAUCGACGUCGAGGAUUAUGGCGAGUUCGGCGCAGGUGGUUGAUCAACCGCCAAGUAAAACGGGUCCUGUGGCUCCCACCAUUGUGGACGUCGAUUUGGGUAAUCGGAGCUACCCAAUUUACAUCGGAUCCGGACUUCUCGAUGAACCCGAACUUCUUCAGAGGCAUGUUCACGGAAAGAAGGUUCUUGUGGUCACUAACAACACAGUUGGGCCAUUGUACUUGGAUAAAGUUGUUGAUGCUUUGACAAGAGAUAACCCAAAUGUGUCAGUUGAGAGCGUGAUUUUACCAGAUGGUGAGAAAUAUAAGAACAUGGAUACUCUUAUGAAAGUUUUUGACAAGGCUAUUGAGUCAAGACUGGACCGAAGAUGUACAUUUGUUGCCCUUGGAGGUGGUGUGAUUGGUGACAUGUGUGGCUUUGCUGCUGCUGCUUUCCUUCGGGGUGUUAAUUUCAUUCAGAUUCCAACAACUGUUAUGGCACAGGUUGAUUCUUCUGUUGGAGGGAAAACUGGUAUAAACCACCCUCUUGGGAAGAACUUGAUUGGUGCUUUUUACCAACCCCAAUGUGUGCUUAUAGACACAGACACACUAAACACGUUGCCAGAGAGGGAACUGGCAUCAGGGUUUGCUGAGGUCAUCAAGUACGGGCUGAUUAGGGAUGCAGAAUUCUUUGAAUGGCAGGAGAGGAAUAUUCAGGCUUUAAUGUCCAGGGAUCCAGGGGCAUUGGCUUAUGCUAUAAAGCGCUCAUGUGAAAACAAGGCUGAGGUUGUGUCCUUGGAUGAGAAGGAAAGUGGACUGAGGGCUACACUGAAUUUGGGUCAUACAUUUGGCCAUGCAAUAGAAACUGGGGUCGGCUAUGGGCAGUGGCUCCAUGGGGAAGCUGUUGCAGCUGGCACGGUUAUGGCUGUUGACAUGUCAUACCGCCUUGGUUGGAUCGAUGAAUCACUUGUGAAGCGAGCUAACAACAUUAUCAAGCAGUUCAAGUUACCUGUUGCCCCUCCUGAAUCCGUGACGGUGGAGAUGUUCAGAUCUGUAAUGGCGGUUGAUAAGAAGGUAGCUGAUGGGUUACUAAGGCUCAUCCUUCUGAAAGGUCCUUUGGGCAAUUGUGUUUUCACAGGUGAUUACGAUAGAAAGGCCCUGGACGAAACACUCAACGCAUUUUGCAAGUCCUGAAUCGUCGUCGUGUAGUUGAUGUUGUACCAAAUGCGUGCACGUUCUGAACCUGCAUUUUGUAUUUUAGAUGGCCCCAGGCUUCCCUUUAAUUUAUUGGCAAGAGCCUUUGGCGAGUUGUAAUCCUAUAAAUUGUUGCAUUUACAAUAUAUUCAAUUCUGGGAAAUCAUGUUGUUUUAACACUUA